AUGUCUCCGCCUACCAUUAUUGCUCCCUCCAUUCUCUCCGCGGAUUUCGCUGCGCUUGGGUCGGCAUGUUCCGACUUGAUGAAAUCAAACAGUGAUUGGAUUCAUGUGGAUAUUAUGGAUGGCCAUUUUGUUCCCAAUAUCACUUUUGGCGCCCCAGUUGUAUCCAAAAUCCGCAGACAUGUAGCCCGACCUUCUAAUCCCGGUGGAAAAGGCACUUUUGAUUGCCAUAUGAUGAUUGCAGAGCAGGCUUGUUGA